AAUGUUAAAUUUUCUUUUUCAGCACUUACAAAAUGUCUGUUAAGGAACUUCUCAUUCAAAAUGUUCACAAAGAGGAGCACAGUCAUGCCCACAACAAGAUCACUGUUGUUGGGGUUGGUGCAGUUGGCAUGGCUUGUGCAAUCAGCAUCCUGAUGAAGGAUUUGGCUGAUGAACUUGCCCUUGUUGAUGUCAUAGAGGACAAACUGAGGGGAGAGAUGCUGGAUCUUCAGCAUGGCAGUCUCUUCCUUAAAACACCAAAAAUUGUCUCUGGCAAAGGUUAGUGUGCUGUGACUUUUUUAAAUUUAAUAG